GCUGUUGUCACCUGUCACAAAUAACAACAAUAACAAUAAAUAAAUGUAAACAAAAAAAUAAAAACAUUAUUAAUAAAAUAUAAACAAUGCGAAAAAAUAAAUAAAUAAUUAUGUUGUAUUUUAUUGUCUUACUGUGCUUAGUGUGGCCCAAGAAAAUGUAACAAAAACAUUAACCUAAAACAAAAAUAGAGUCUUGAAAAAGUUACUAAAUUUCAAAUAAUAAAUACAACAAUAAGGUCAAAGUUGAAGCAGGUUGAAGGUUAAAAUUUACAUUUUACAGCUGCAACCAAAUGAUGUUAUAUUUAUUGUUGUGUAAUAAUUCAUUCAUGACAUUCAAUUAAAAGCUUUCAUAAAACCAAAAGCAUCAUUAUUCGUUAUGGCAUACGUGGGUUCCAAAUCAACUGGUCAAAGAUCAACAUUAUUGUUUUAAUCAUAUGAAAGCUGUAUGCUGUAAUAAAUUGAUAAUUUAAUAAUUUUUUUUAUCAAUACCAGAUAUCAAUUACCAGAUUACCAGCUAAUUGUUUCUGUUUGCUGCUGUUGAAUGACUUUGAAAAUGAAAAUUAAAUUUUGUUAUUAAAAAAACUUGAUAAAAUGGAUUCAACCUAUCAAACUUUGGUGUCUGAACAAAAUUCAAGUCAAGAUAGUACACUCGAAUCAUUGACAAAUUCAUCAAAGAAAUAUAAUUUAUCAUUUACAAUGAAUUUGGAUGAGGACAUUGAUAGUGAAUUUUCAAGUGAUUCUGAAAAAGUUGAUUUAAAAAUUGAUGUUGAAGAGGUUGAUAACUAUGAAACACCAAAAAAACGUUGUCGUUAUGAUGAUAAUGAUAAAAUAACUGGUAUUAAUGAGAUGGAAGAAGAAAUUGAACGUCAACUUGAUGCUAAAGCAGCAAAAACAAAUUUAACAGCAACAAAUGUUAAAAAUAUAUUAAAACAUGUUAUUAUGAAUGAAGAUGUUAUAUCAAUGGUACACAAUAAAGUUCAUAAUUCAGAUGAAAAGAUUUUGUAUGAACCAAAAUUAACAAGAUCAAAAGCUAAAGAAUUGGCAAGUUCAAUGCCAGAUUUACCAUGGAACAUAACACCAAAAAAAAAGACCGUAUCACCACACAUGCAAGUGCUAGUUAAUAAUGAUUUACUUCAUGAAGAUUCAUCUGACGAUGAGUAUGAUCCAAACAAAGAUCAUCCUGAACCAAGUGAAGAUGAAGGUGAUACUGUAGAAGGAAGUGAUAUCGACUCAGAGCCAUUAACUCCAAUCUCAGUUGUAAAUACAACUGAACCAAUUGACACAAAUAUUAUCCAAGAAAAUCAUUAUAAUUUCAAUGAUAAUGAAUUUAAAAUUCCAGUGGCUCCUUAUGUACUUACUGAGGAAGAAAGUAUUGGCCAAAGAACAAGAUCAAAACUUUGUUUGAGUGAAACACCAAUUGAACAACUUGAACGAGAAUUUAUACCUCCAGAUAUUUUACCAGAUAUGUAUCAUAAUGGUCAUCUAGCAAAUGAUCCAAAUUGGGGAGAACUUUUUAAUUCUAAUGGACUAUUUUUAGACGAUGAUGAUAUAAAUGAUCCAAGUUACAAUAUUUUAGAAGAUAAUGAAACUGAAACUGUUGAUAAAGAAGAGCUUCGAUCGGAUAAAACUGUUAAAGUAUCAAAAAAAGAAAAAGAUUUAUUAUAUGAAGAGCUCAAUGAUUUUAAUAACAUGUCUACUAAUAAUAGUCUACCUAAACUCAAUAAUGAUCAAUCAAGAAAAAAAAAGUCAUUGGAUGGUAUCAAUUUGAUGGAAUCACAUUUAAAUAAUUCAUCUAAUGAAAUUAUGUAUGAUUCUUUUCAAGUAUUUGAAGAACCAACAGUACGUUGUCAUGUAAGCCAAGAACAGUGCAAUAUAAUUUCAUAUCAACUUGAGCAGCAUGUACAAUUGAUGACCCAACAUUUUAUGAUGUCAUACAUGCAUCCAAAAUCUGAAAUUCAUGUUCAAUCAACAGAAUGCAAGAACAAUUUAAAUAAUUUAAUACAAUUGCAGCAUCCAAAUCAGCCACUAUUUUAUAUUUCAAAUUUACCUGAUGCUAUGAAACUUAUAAACGUUUGGGAAAAUAAAUUAGAUGAUAAAACAUUUUGUGAAAGUUAUGUUAAACAACUUGAAUUUGAUAUGGAACAUGGAAUAAAUCAAUCUAAACGAAGACACAAAUAUGUAGCAAAAUUUAAUUCAGAAUUAUUAGAACUAUUAAUGGAAAGUAAAGCACUCAUGUAUCCUGAACUGUUGCCACAUAUACCAUUCAGAGUUGAAACACUUUUUCAAACAAAUUUAACUUAUUGUAAAUCUGAAGAAAAUUUACUUGCACUUGGUGUAGAAAAAUAUUUACCAUAUGUCAAAUCAUCUGGUCGCCGAUUUCGAUCUACAAAAUAUACUGUGUAUGAUGCAAUGUGUCACGUUUGUAAGGAAUUAAUGCCAAAUAGAAAGCCAGAUAGAUUAGUCAAUUGGAUGAGUUCAUUACGAAGGCCAAAUGUUCCUUAUAAUGCAGUACAAUUUUAUUAUGAACAUGGUUAUGCACCAGUAGUAACUUAUAAUAUUCCAUUGAAACGGGAAAAUAAAUCACCAAAAAAUUGUGAAACCUCUUUAUUGCCAAAAACAUGGCAAGAUUGGAUUAAAAAUAAAGAAAAAAAAAAAACUCCAUCAUCAACGCCAACUAAUAAUAAUGUAAGAACUUUAUAUAAAAUACUACCCAUUAAAACUGCUAUUCCAGUUGAGAUAAAUCAAAUGAUAAAUAAUCCCAACAAUUCUCUUAAAACAAAGAAAGUAAUAAAAUCAAAAAAUACAACGAAACAACUUGCUAAAACUGUUAAUGUUAAAAAUUUAAAAAUGAAAUCCAAAAUGAGAAAUAUUGAUUCACUAACACAAUUAACUAAUCAAUCGAAUAACACAGAAAAAAAUAUCAUCUUGGUAAUGAAACCAUUGCUAGAUAAUAUUGCUGAUGAUUUACCAAAUUCACAUGAAAAUAUUGAUUUAUCUAUUGAAUAUCAUGGCGAUGAAUACGGUGGUGAUAAUUGUAAGUGUGAUUGUCAUGAAAAUAUAAAAACAAAACAUGGUAUUACAAAUCAUUGUAAAUUGUGUGAUGAUGAAUAUCUCAAUAGAAAAAUUAAUUUAGAAUUAUUAAGAGAAUUAACACCAGUAAAAAUUACAUCUGAAGGUAAUGACAAAAAUAAUACUCAUGCUUCAACAGAAAUAACGAGAAGUUUACCAAUUAUAUCACCUGGAGGACAAGCAGAAUCAUCAUUAAAUAAUAUAGUGUGUGAUGAACCAACACAAGAACAAAAUUCAUUAAAAAUACUGUCAAUAGAAAAUAAUAAUAAUAAUAAAAUUGUUGAAACAAAAGCAGAAAAAAAAUCCACAUUAUUUAAUAAUGAUGAUAGUUCAAUAGAUUCAACAAAUAGAACAGCAUCACCAACAAAUAAUCUAAGUGAAGAAUAUAAUAAAAUAAGAGAACUAGAGUCUGAAUUAAAAAAUUUACCUUCUGAACCUGAAGAAAUAGAUGAUGACUUUUCAUCAACGUCAAAUGAUUCUGAUGAUUCAUCAAUGUCAGAUAAUUCUGAUGAUUCAUCAAGUGAAUUAAGUGAUACUGAAACUGAUUCAGAACCAGAACAAGCUGUUGAAGAUAAUAACUUUGAAUGCAAUCAAGAAGAAAAUAAAUCUUGGACACGACAAGAAGACAUGGUACUAUUAAAAAAUGUACAAGAAGAUUAUUCAGAUUAUACGUUUGAACGUGUCAGUAGAUUACUUGGUGAUAAAACAUUUGAUGAAGUCAAUAAACGCUGUGAAAUAUUGCUUAAAAUAUUACAAAAAUUGUCUGUUUAUAUUCCUAAAUAA